AUGUCCAGCACUAAUCGACUGCGUGCCUCGUGCGAACGCUGCAGGGGCCAGAAGCUACGAUGCCUCCCGUCAUUUGACCCUGAGCCGACCGCACCUUGUCAACGAUGUGUGAAGGCGAAGGUCGCAGAAUCCUGUGUCUUCCGUACUCGAUCCCGAACGCAACGGCCCACAACCGCAAAAGCGUCGCCUGACGGAGUACUCCAGGGAAAGGACCUGAAUAUGGAGCUGACGAUCCCCGGGACGAAUCUUUUUGCUCUCUGCUCCCCUUUCUCCUCCAGCUCAGGCGCGGAGACCUCGGACGCUGAUCCAUCUUUCCUAUCAGCAUCGAUUCAGGACGCAUCGCAUGUCUUCAGCCUGGACGAGUGCAGACCACAGAGCAGCCAAUCAGUGUCCACGGGGAUCGUGCCAGACACUUGGGAAGAUUGUUCUCAAGAAGCGGUUUUCCAACAGUACCCCUGGAAUGAGUCAUUAUUCAUGGAUGGCAUCGAUCCCCCAGCGCCUAGACACACCCUUACGAUCAACCCGCAUUCCACUCAUACUCCCGACGGCAGUACGCGGACAGAAGCACGAGAAACGUCUUCUUCACCUCCAAGUACGUGGGCGGUGGAUAUGCUCCCCGGGGAUCGCGGUGUACGGCUCGACGAUAUUCUGGCCAAAGAGCGCUCGGAUCCCCUGGUAGAUCUCACCAACCUCCUUGCUGAGAUGUCUCCCUACGAGCAGCAACUGUCCAGGCUAUCAGAUGAAGCGAUCUCUGAUUAUCCAAUCGGAGAUGCUCUGUUCUUCUCCCAUUCAUUUCGCACAAUCCUCUCACCCAGCAAUAAAUCGCGGCAGGGAAGCACUAUCUCCGCGCUAGGGACGCCAACGGUGUUACUUGUCCUCUCUUGCUUCAUGACGCUAAACCGGAUCUACUCGGUUAUUUUCAGACACCUGGCAGAGUCACUUUCGCGAGGUCCCACUACUACGCAUAAAUCAUUGAAUGGAUCUGCAGAGUUUCGCUCGUAUCGUGGUCUGCGCCUAAAUCAACUACACCAGGUUUCCCUGUGUUCCCAAGGGGAACUUGUAAAGAACGCUGUUUCCAUGCUUCUCGAAUCACUGGGAAGUGCCGAAGAUUUGCUGGACCUCCCACCGGACGCUCAGUGGAGAAGGGAGAUCUCUGUCUGCGCAAGAAUCUUCGCCAAUGAUAAAAAGCGGUGUUUUGGAUGA